AUGGCGGCACGCUCGGUGGUAAUAAGCGCAGUCAUUGCGGUGAUCGCAGUACUCUAUGGAGGUAGAACAUACAUUCAAGGACCUCGCUGCCAGAGCAAUAGACACAUCAAAGGCAAAACUGUGGUUAUAACAGGCGGAAAUACCGGUAUCGGCAAAGAAACGGCGGUGGACCUGGCAACACGUGGUGCGAAAGUAAUCAUCGGUUGCCGCAACUUAGAGAAAGGCCAGGCGGCAGUGCAAGAGAUCCAAACGCGAAGUGGAAACGAAAAAGUCUUCGUCGAGAAACUGGACCUUUCAUCUUUAGCUUCUGUGAGACAGUUUGUCGAUGGAAUUCUGAAAAACGAGCCGCACUUAGACAUUCUGAUAAACAACGCUGGAGUGAUGGGAUGCCCUUACCAAAUGACUGAAGAUGGCUUGGAAAUGCAGUUUGAAGUGAACCACAUAGGGCAUUUUCUCUUAACUUUGCUUCUCCUUGAUUUAAUGAAACAAUCGGGUCCGAGCCGAAUCAUAAAUGUGUCUUCUUUGGCUCAUAGGUUCGGUACUGGUGUUAUAAACUUUGAUGAUAUCAAUGCAGAGAAGGAUUACGAUCCCUUUGCAGCAUAUCAACAAAGUAAGCUCGCUAACAUACUCUUCACAAGGGAGCUCAGUGUGCAUCUCGAGGACACAAACGUGACUGUGAAUGCACUCCACCCAGGGUUGGUAAACACAGACAUCCAACGUCACUCUUUUAUUUCCGGUUUAGUAUUUUUUCCACUACGCUGGUAUUUUUUCAAGACUGCAGAACAGGGAGCCCAGACUACUAUUCACUGUGCAGUGUCAGAGGAAAUGGAAGGAGUUAGUGGUAAAUACUUGGCAGACUGUGCCUUUAGAGACCCCUCUAUAGGUGCACAGGAUGAUGAAGCUGCAAGAAAAUUAUGGGAUAUUAGCAUGGAGCUUGUUGGUUUAGAGGACCACGAGAUCUAA